AUGAACGAAUGAAAGGCGUUUGAGUCUGUCCAUCCAUCGGUGCCAGAGAGCCUCGCGAUGCGCAGCCUGCCGCAGGUGUUUUCUGUACCCCCUCUUCAAACGGCACAAAUGUAUCUUCUGAUGCAAAUGUGGCCGAGGAAUGCGGAGACGGGUGAUGGCAGCAUUUCGAUGUGUCUGUGGUAUUUGCAUUGUGCGGGGUCGAGAUGCUCUACGAGGCGAACGUUUCCGUGUAAUACUGUCGCCGAUGACGCCAUCCGGCUCACCGUGAGCAGCGUGCGGGGGUUUGCAAACAUGAGGGGAAAAUCUGAUGGGACGGCGCUGAUCUUUGUCUUCCGUGUUAAGGGGCGAAGUGAGUACAUAUACGGCUCGCAGCCUCUUAUCAAUUAUUGUUACAUUCGUGACUGUGUGAGCAAGCGGGCGGAGAUAGAUUUGGUCGUGGAGCCCAAAGAAGCGACCCUUUUCGCCGCACCACUGUUUCGCCCGUCCUACCCGUAUCGGACACUUGCCAACCUUUUUCACGCAGAUGCGUCAAAGUUCAGUACCUCUGAAAUCUGUUUGUGGGACUUGCCAGCAAGCUUUCUCUCAGGAUGCCGGCGGUUUCGAAAAGCUUGCCAUCUCCGCGUCGCGCGUGAAGGAGGAAAACGUGCGCGAUUCCUCAAACCUGUACUUUGCAGUUCUUGUGGAGGCGUAUGUUGGCACCUGGUGUUGCUACGAACCCCGAAUCGCUGGCUGGCAGCUGUGCGAGAAUGCAAGGAACAGCCACAGCUUAGCUGCAAGGAUGCACUGGAAGGAUGGCGGAACGGUGACCGGUUGCAUCGAUCUGUCGAAUGGGCCAAGAGAGCUAAAGGUGUGUUUUACGCUGGUGGCUUCCUCGACCGACAGAAUCGUCGGUGCUCGAGCGGCCACUGCAGAGGAAGUGAUUGCCAGUGUGAAAGAGAACGCAAAGAAAACCAACAAUCAAGGUCACUCGGUUUUUUUGUUCGUGGGUACGGCCGCCACGCAGCUUUUCGAUUACACUGCGAAAAUGUGGAUGGGUAUGUGGCGCAUCUAUGGAAUCGCAAGACCCGCGCGAACCUGAUCGGCUUGAACUCUAUCAGCCCCAGUUUCAACGCGUGCACGUUCGAGGUGGAGUUCCCGUGCGUCGACAAGCCUGUUUCUUUCCCCGGUGGUCGACCUCCGCAGCGAAAAGAGGAGGAUGCUCGGCGAAGCUUUGCUGACCGUGAGGGUGCUCUCAGCAGCCAUCUGAUAAACAACGAGGUAGAACAACUGCGCCCGCUUCAGCUGGCGCUGAUGUACGACCCUCUGGUGUACCUCACGAGUGACGACAAAACUAUUCUGUGGAAGUACAGGGAGAUGUUACUCAGCCUACCAAAAGCGAUGGUCAAGGAGAUGAGUGCAGUGAGCUGGCUGAUGCCGUUCGGUGUGUACGAGGCACGCUGCCUUUAGCGUCGAUGGUCCCCGCUGGCUGCGUUCGAUGCGCUGGAGCUGCUUGACGCGCAUUAUGCUGACUUGGUGGUUCGUGAGCAGGCGGUGGAGUACAUUGAUAAAAUGCCGAACUAUGAGCUGCGCGGUUGUAUUCUGCAACUCGUGUAGGUACUCAAGUACGAGCCGUAUCACGACUCUGCGUUAGCGCGUUUUCUCCUUGGGCGGUCGCUUCGCUCGAACCACGUAUUUGCACGCUACGUUUUUCGGUACCUAGCUGCCGAGGUCAAGAAUCUGACCAUUUGCGAGCGACACGGACUCCUUUUGGAGGAACUGGUCAAGUGGUCCCCGCACCGGUCGAAUUACGCGCGGCAAGUGUACGUUUGCAAUGAGCUGCUGAAGUGUGCACUGAAGGUGCAACGGGCACCGACGAAAGAUCGUGUCAAGUGUCUGCGCGCGAGUCUCGCUAAGGUUCAAUUUCCUCAUCGCUUUACUCCCGCUCUGAACCCAUCAGUGGAGUGCUGCGCGGUGAAUAUCGAUGAGUGCAAGGUCACGGAAUCGAAAAUGUCCCCGAUGGCUUGCUUUUCGGAAUUAUCUCGAUCAAGAAGAGCGUUUUUCAUUGGAUUCAAGCCUGGCGACGACCUCAGCCAAGUCCUGCUUACAUUGCAGCUGCUGGAGUUCACGGACAACCUGUGGAAAGCGUCCGGUCUGGACCUUCACCUCAUCCCAUACGGUUGCAUUUCUACCGGAGAAGGCGUUGGCAUGAUGGAAGUGGUGUCGAACAGUGGCACGAUCGCCAAAAUCACCAGCCACGAGGGUGGGGCACAGGCUGCGUUCAAUGUUGACCCGGUCAUAAAUUGGUUACGUGUGUUCAGCCAUGACCGAGGUGAGGUGGAGCGAUGCCUGUGGAAUGUUGUGCGUAGUGUCGCCGGCUACACGGCGGCCACCUACGCCCUGGGAAUCGGUGACAGACAUAACGACAACAUCAUGCUCCGCCAGGAUGGCACCCUCUUUCACAACGAUUUCGGCCACUUUCUGGGCAACUUCAAGAAGUUCGGCAUCAAGCGUGAGACAGCGUGUUUCAUUUUUACUCCCAUGUACCUGCAUGCGAUGGGCGGGUCUAGUAGCCCGAUCUUCAAGUACUUUGUGGACGUAGCAUGCCGAACGUGCAACGCGCUGCGGCGGAACAGCAGCGCACUUAUGAUGCGCUUUAUGCUGGUGCUCUCUACGGGCAUACCGGAGCGACAAACCCUGGAGGAUAUCGAGUGGCUGCGCGCAGUACUUCUUCCUAGCCGCACCGAUGAGGAGGCCUCCGAGCACUACAAAAACCUCAACCACGCACUGAGCAAUUUUCGCACACUGCUGAGCGACUACAUCCAUAUUAUGAUGCAUUGA